AUGGAAAAGAAAGACGAAAAAGAUCCAUUGAAUUGUUGGGGUGAUAGGUUUUGAAAAAGACAUUUAUAUGGGCUUUGAUUUUUUAAAUGGUUUGUUGUAUAUCUGGUUGACAUGAUAGAAGAGAAAAUAUGAAUUCCUGAACUUUUUGUUAUUCUAGGGUCAUUAUACAUAACAAGUUUAACUGGAGUCAUAGCAGGAGCUUAUAAGCACAUUGGUCUUUGUUACCAUUUUAAUGAGGUAGUUUAUAUUUAGUCAAAAGUUAACGACUUGCCUUACUUACUGAAUUCAAAUAAUCUUUUUCCUGAAUAUUUUCAUUGAUUCUUUGUGUUGGCAUUUUUUGGCAAUCUCAAAAAAUCUCCUUUAUCUAUGACUAUUAUUUGCGCUAGCUAUUCUUUAUAUGAUGCGAUUAUAUCUGCCGUUGAUUCAUCUCUAUGCCCAAUAUAUAAUGAGAAUUCAAGCGGGUGAUCAGGAUUGAUGAUGUAUUCUUAUUUUCGGAGUAUUUUAAGCUGGUGGGCUGUGUAUUUAUGACUUGCAAUCAUAUUUUUGCCAAAAAGAUAUCAUAGAAAAGCUCAAAUUGAGCCUUUUAUUAGUGGCGGAAUAGCUUGAAUUGUGGCUAAAAUAUUAUGACUUGUGCGGGCAAGGAAAAUGAGUAAUACAAUAAGCACUCCUUUUGAAUAUCCUACACGAAUUAGAGCAGCAGCGCUGAUUACAUUUGGUGCUUCUACAGUUAUGAUGAUGGGAAUUCUUUUAUUUUCUUAUCAAAUUUAUUAUUUUAUUGAUACUCUAAAAGAUUGAAAAAGCUAUUUAGAAGGAAGACCAUAUGACAGUAUUUUUGCGGCAUUUAACUUAUUCUUCACGACCUAUAUUAAUUUUUAAUAUAAACGAUUUUCUACAAAAAAUGUUUUUAAUGUUUUAUAAAAAAAUAAAAAUGUGUAUUUAGAGUGUAUUUAAAUAAUAAUGUUUUCACAUCGGUAUUUUUCUAGUAAGGAUCUUUAAAGAAAAAUAGUUAUUUAAAAUAUUAAAAAAUAUAAAAAAUUAUUUUGAAAAAAUAAAGAAUUAAUAAUUAUUAUUUUAAUUUGGGAAAGCUAGAGCAUGAAUAUACUUGGACAACUGGAGAUGGUAUUGAUAUUGUAAAUGCUUUCAUCAAACUUUGUGAACCCCUUUUUCCUUGUGCACUAACCGCUCUAAUAUUAUCUUAUUUGUUUGUUCAAUACUCAAUUGCUGUAAUGCUAUAUAAAUAUAAAGAGAUAAUGCUUGCUAUUAUGGAAUUCAGAAAUGAAUCCCCUCUAUUAAAAAGGGUUUGAAGCUUUUCAUGUCAUAGAGCAAUUUUCUUUCCUUGUAAGAUAUAUUUAGCGGAAUUCAUGGUUAACAAUGUAUUCUUGCUGUAUACAUUUGGGGCAUUUAUAUUUCUCGGGCUUUAUGUAGUAAGCAUCAUUUUCAUCUUUAAUAUCCCAGCGUAUUUAUUAUUAGAUCGGCCAAUAAGUUUUUGGCUUAGCUUUGCCCCAACUAUUUGGAGGUAAUUUUAAUACAGUGUUCUUUAUUUCAGAUUUUUGGUGACUAAGAAAAAUUUUAUCAAAAAUAAAAGAUAUAUGGCUUUUUGGGAUUCAUGAUACUUUUUAGUAGGAUUUUUUGGCGCAAUUGUAAAAGGACUCAGUCGCUUCGGAAUAGGUAUUGGAGUCUCUCUAUUUCUGGGUUUCAGGGCUCAUGUAAGUAUAGUACCAACACCUUUUGACGUUUUCGACUCUCUUUAUUGCAGCUUUUAUGCAUCAAUUGCACUGCAAUGCUUAUCCCUUGGGAUAAUUCCAGAUGAUAUAGACUCAUUAGACUUUUCAUUUGGAGAUAAGGACAUCGGCCCAGCCCGAAGAAUUAAUUAA